AUGGACUUGCUCCUACUCGGCUCGGUCUUUGCACGGCUUCGCCGGAAGCGCGCAGCCGACCAGCAACAAGUCCUCGACGAGCUCGUGGCGCAUGAAGACGGUAAGCUCUUGCGCAUGCGACCGAACCUGCGCGCCUUCCAUACGCGCCUCGCGAGCUUGAGCAACAUCCACGAGAGCGCGUCGCUCAACAUGUUUCGCAUCACGCGCGUCCGGGAUCUGACCAUCUCGCAGACAAUGGCGUGCGAGCUGCUCACAAAGCUCAUCACGCCGUCAAUCCUAUCGGCCGACGCCGCCGACGCACGGCGCCGGCACCCGUAUAAGUCGCAGUGGUGUGUGUUUGACGCCAAGCUGCGGAGCAAAAGCCCCGCGACCGACUACAAAGUACUACUAGUAUACGAUUAG